GUCAGUCACGUGGCAUACGAAGCUGUUUAGCACUGCUGUCAACAAACGCCAGAUACGUUGCUUUUGUCAACCUGUCUUUCACCGAAUUGUCAUUGAAUCAACAGCUUUUUGUCAGGAGCCCUUUGUGAGCAGCAGGAGCCCUAGGUUGAGCCACUGUAGAGAGAAGAAUCAAUGGUGUGCAGAGUUGUCACACCGCCUUGUGCACGCUGGAUGAACGCAACGUUACUCAGCCCACAACGGCUGCACAUUUAUGGCGUUUGUGAAGGUGAGGAACUGUGGAGACUUCUGCCAGGCACAGCACCAGCACCUGGUCAUUGUGGACAAGUAAGCAGCCUUCAGCCAAACAUAUGAAGAAAUACCCCACCUGAAGUCGACCAGUACUCCUGGAGAGAGAGAGGCUGAUAUUUCUCCAAGUAUAUGGCUUCGAUUGAGCUAAUCCAGCGACUUAGCAACCACUAAACCAUUCCUGAAUGGGCUAGUUGGGAUUAAAAGGCUAAAGGGAUACCCCCUUUCUUUCUUUCCUUUCCUUUUCAAUAUCCACUUUUUAUUUACUUUCACCCCAUUCUCGAUAGCCUAUAUCUUUCAAUAACCACCUUUAUACCCAAUCUAUCGCCCAUUUUGGAGUACUUUUCUCUACUGCUGUACUGUUCACCCUCUCGCGGAAGACUGCCUUCUCCAACUGUCUGUCAAGAUGAAUCGCCCUGCCCCUGUUGAGAUCACCUAUGAGUGUAUGAAGUUUCUGAUCACCCACAACCCCACCAACUCCCAGCUGGUGAAAUUUAUAGAGGACCUCAAGGCUUUUGGGGUGCAGACACUGGUCAGAGUGUGUAAUGCCACUUACGACAAAACCCCUGUGGAGCAGGAAGGCAUCACUGUUGUGGAUUGGCCCUUUGACGAUGGUUCUUCCCCCCCUGAACAAGUCGUUGAUGACUGGCUCAACCUCCUCAAGUGUAAAUUCAGAGAAGAACCCGGUUGUUGCAUUGCAGUGCAUUGUGUGGCGGGGUUGGGUCGAGCCCCAGUCCUGGUAGCGUUGGCGUUGAUUGAGUGUGGGAUGGAGUAUGAAGAUGCUGUUCACUUUAUAAGACAAAAGAGACGUGGAGCCAUCAACUCAAAACAACUAAUGUACCUCGAAAACUACAAACCCAAGAUGCGUCUCCGCUUCAAAGAUGCUAAUGGACAAAAUUGCUGCAUCCAGUAAGAAGAUGAGCAGUAUUGUCAAGAUUUACUGAAAAAGGAAAUGGAUUACUAUAAGAACAGUUAUUGAUUAUACUCAAAGAAAAAAAACUAUUUUUUAUUGAUAACUAAAUAGUCAAAUUGAAUUUGAUUAAAGUAAACAAUGUGAAAAGACCAGCUAGAGAUUAAUCUCAGAGUUGUUAGCGCUGAUGUUUUCCUCAAAUACUGUAGUUGUGAAUCAUUAAAGCAAGAUUUCUAAAUUGUUA